GGCUCAAUGAAAGCUACACACCAACAACAGAACAGUAACUUGAGGCAGCAAUGAUAACUUCUUGUUAUUCAUUGCUCUCAACAAUAUCUUUCUUUGGGUUGGGACAUCUUGCCACUGAGGACAUGUUCAAAUGGGUUACAAGUCAGCCUAAGCUUGUCAAAGUUUCUUCCCUUAUUUGCAGAGCCAUGGACGACAUCGUCUCUAAUGAGUUUGAGCAGGAGAGAGGGCAUGUUGCUUCAGGAGUGGAAUGUUGCAUGAAGCAGUAUGGAAUUUCAGAAGAAGAAGCCUAUAAAAUACUCGAUGAAGACAUCAAAAAUUACUGGAAGGAUAUUAAUGAGGAGUGCCUGAACAAUCCACAUGAUGUUCCAAAGUCCGCGCUUGGUUUUGUCCUCAAUUUUGCCCAAGGGAUUGAGGUUGUCUAUGAAAAUCAAGAAGACAGAUUUACCAAUGGCAAGUCUCUCAAACAUUAUGUCGUCCAGCUCCUCUUGAACCCCAUACCCAUUGAGCCGUGACGCAGCUUUAUAUAUUUUAUAUUUAGGA